AUUUACGCAAAGAAAACAUGCUAAUGCAGGUAUUCGUUGUGUGUGGUGCGGUCUGCAAUAAUUUUUAAAAUUUACCUUGUUUUCUCGUGAUUAUCGUUGUUUAUCUAAGUUAAAUACUCAGUAUGAGGUUGUUAUUUUUAUAUAGUGUUAAGUUUUACUCAAAUAAAUAGACGUUCUUGGUUAAUCGUGGAAAUCAGCUUGUUGUUAUCGUCGUUGACGGAUGUCCUUGUACAUUUCGCUACAUUUGAGAACCCUCGUGGCGGCAAAUUUGAUUGUCCAGUAGUUAUUUAUCGUGUGAUGUUUCAUAAAUAAUACCACGGUAUGGGUAGCUCUGAAGAAAAUAUUAGUGUAAGUGACAUUAAAGUAGAAGAAACCACAACAACCCCGGCGGUUGAAUCUGCUGCUGCUGAGACCUCGCUGCAGGAUGGCGGGGACAGCGCCGACACCACCCUGAACACCACGAGCGGCCAGUCGGAGACCAGCACCUCCAAAGAAACAGACGGAACUGUUCCCGGUAAAAAGGGCAAGAAAAAGUUUCGCCACGGGAAAAAGGGCCAUGUCGUUUCAAAAGAUAAUACCGACAGAAACACAGUGCGCAGAGUGCACUACGCCGCGGCCAAAUUCAAACAGGGCCGGAAAAGAACACAAAGUUUUCCAACAAUUUCAAAGUUUUUUCUUCCAUACAAGAGACCCCGUAAAGAUGCUUUUAUCCCGCCUACUAAAUUCUUAUUAGGAGGUAACAUUUCUGACCCAUUAAAUUUAAACAGUCUUCAAGAUGAGGAUAUCAACAGGGCUAUGAAUGCGGUAACUCCGGAGUCAUCUCCCCUGCCCACGCCUCCUCGACACAAGGCCAAGAUUGAUGUCAUAAUUCCGCCUAACAUUCGUGAUCCACUCAAUCUCAUGGAGCCGCUGGACAAUGAUGAGUACGAGAAGCGUCUCCAGAUGCAGCAGCAGCGGAAACCCAAGGGUCGCCCGAAGCAACGGCGCCGCACCACUGAAAACACUGCAGAGAAUAAUGAAGAAGAUAAUGUGGAGAUAAAAGUAGAGGGAGUCAUGAAGGAGCCUGCGGUGCCUGAAGCUUCUACUUCAGCUUCAAAAGCUGCUCGAAAGAGAUCUUGCAGUGAGAGUGAGAAUGCUUCUCAGAAAGCAAAGGAUGCUAAAAAGCUAAGGCGUAUGGAUUCAUUGGACAAGAUAGUUAGUCCAGUGGUGCCACAACCUGGGGCGUGGAUGCGGGCGAGGCCGCAGCCCCGGCCAGCGCCGCUGGAGCGUCCCGCCUCACCCAAGCCCAGCAGCGAUGAUGUUGAGAAGAAGUUGCCAAAGUUCCACCUCAAAAAUUCAAGAUAUCAGUAUGGAAAUUAUGAUAGGUAUUACGGCUACCGCAACCUGAAUGCUAUGAUGGAUGUUCGCCUGCAAGUGUUUGAUAUGCACCAACAUUUGUUCCAAAACAAGGAUGUGUUGGACAUUGGCUGCAAUGUUGGUCACAUCUCCAUUGCUGUUUCCAGGACUCUGGGAGCUCGUUCAGUUGUCGGCAUAGACAUUGAUCCAGUGUUAAUUGGAAGAGCUCGGAAAAAUCUGCGCUCCUUCAUCCCGGUUCCGCCGGAGCCUCAGAAAGUGGAAGAGGAAGUAAAAAUUAAGACAGAGCCCGAGACAGAAGACGACAAAAAGUCAAACUGUGAUAAAUGCGAUGAACCCAAAUGUGAUGAAGCGUGCCUGGCCGCUGACCAGAUCAAGGAAGAACCCGAGGCUGAUGAGAAGAAGCCGCAAGGGCGGAAGCUCCGGAGGCCGAAGAAGAAUAGGAAAGCUAUGAAUAAGGGCGAGCGACAGUGCUACUUCCCCAUGUCCAUGGCGAUGCUGUACGGCCCGCUCGGUGCGCCCACCACCUCGACAGCCGCUCUGCCGACGUUUCCGCAUAAUGUUACUUUCAAACAGGGCAACUACGUCCCCCGCGAAGAGAUAGCGGUAGGUUCGGGGGCGGAGGCAGCUCAAUACGACCUGAUCCUGUGCCUCUCCACCACCAAGUGGCUGCACCUGAACUGGGGCGACGCGGGGCUGAAGAGAGCCUUCAGGAAGAUGUUCAACGACCUGCGUCCUGGAGGCAAGCUGGUGUUGGAGGCGCAGAACUGGGCGAGCUACAAGAAGAAGAAGCGGCUUACGCCAACAAUAUACGAGAACUUCAACUCCAUCGAGAUGCACCCGCUGAAGUUCCGCGAGUACCUGCUGUCGCCCGAGGUGGGGUUCAGCAAGUGCUGCAUCCUGGGCGUCCCGCAGCACGCCAGCAAGGGGUUCCGCCGCCCCAUCCAGCUGUACAUCAAGGGCGACUUCACGCCCAGCAAGGCGUGCUGGUCCGACGCGCACGCGCCCUCGUCGCACCACCGGCCCGAGGCCGAGCCGCCGCGCCGCACCGUGUACGCGCCCGUCGCGCCCGCCUACCGGCCCAGCGACGACGCGCCCUCGUGCGGCGCCGCCACGCCCUACUCGCCCAACCUCGACUGCAGCGCGGACGACUCGCCCUUCUACAACCCGCGCAGCGACUCGUACGCACCGUCCUACGAGCCGCCGCGCCCCACCGUGUACGCCACGCUGGGCUCGCCCAUGGGCGGCGCGUCCCCCGCCGCGUCCCCCGCCGCCUCCCCGCACUCGCCCGCCCCGCACGCGUCCCCCGCCCCCCACGCGUCCCCCGCGCCCCCCGAGCUCACCGCGCGCGUCUACUGCGCGCCCACGCCGCCGCAUCGGACUCACGAUGACUGAAAAAGCGAAUAAGUUUACAAGAUCUACGUAUGUACAUACUGUUUUAGCCCCCUAAGGAUGUAUCUCCAUAAGUUGAAAGUAUUUUAUAAUAUUAUUAUAUACUCGUAUAUAAGUAUUACCUGA